UUCAAAGUUAUAUAAUGUGUUUCCUUGUGUAUCUGACAAUAACUCACAUCACACUAGACGUCCCUGAAUGAAACUGUAAUUGGCUAAAUGUAACAGUGUCAAUCUAAGUCCUGGACUGACUGCCAAACAGGACACUCUGACAAGUAAACAAGCUUCCAAAAUGAAUCACACUUUAUAUUGCAUUUCACCCACAAAGGGAAGCAGAUGGAAGGUGUUUUAGUUUAUAUACUCUGUAACGAUUGAAAUUCGGAUCAUUUCUCAAGAAGCUGGAAACCGAGACAUAGAAAAAUGAAGAUUCUUCUGUUAACGGCUGUCAUUGGGUUUGUUGGCACAGAAGAGUUUUUAGAAAAAUAUCAAACCCUCUACUUAGCAGCUGAUGAUUUAAAAUUAAUAGAGGAAAAUGGACCACUAAGAAUUCAUGUACGUCAUAUUCUACAACACAAUAAUUAUGAUGAAGUGUCCAUCACAUUUUAUAUCAGGCAAAAGGAAGGAUGCCAACUCUACACACUUCUGCUUCGUACAUUUAUUACUUUCAUCGUAAGACCAUCAUGUGACUAUCUUAUGCUUUCAGAUAAGUCGAGAUCAUUGCAGAACCAAAGACUGGGUGAAGAUGCUUAUGUGACAGGAUUCUGGAUGUUCCCCGAUACAUUCUCUACUCUCCCAGAAAGUUGGCUUCAGAAUGAAAAAAAUGGAACCAGAGUCUCAGGUGUCUUAUUAUUUGAAUUAUAUCGUGUUUCAAAUACGACAUUCAUCAUGCGCAUCAACUUUGUUGAAAAGAAUGGAAAAAAUGGAAAUUUGUGUGCAGCAUUCUCAAAAGAAGCCAGUCUCAGUGAAGAAUCAUGGGACAUCUAUGUGAAAAUGUCUGCUGCAUAUGGAAUCCGAAGAGAAAAUAUACAAGAUAUCCUCAAAAACGACACCUGUCCUCAAUGAACCUAUGGAUUUGGUUUCAAGAUUGAUACGACUUGCUACAUAUCUGUCCAUGGCAUCUAAUUCACAAAUUUGAAGGUGGACCCAUCUUUCUUUCCCAAUUAUGCAUUCACCUUUCUUGUGGUGUUCAGAUUCAUCACACUGUUCUUUCUUCAAGUUUCUUCCCUUGCCCUGUUUAGUGGAAAUUUCUUUCUUUGUGAAUCAAUGAAUAAAUUUCAUCU